UGGCAACAUAAUUUAAUAAACCAUAUGAUUUAAGAAAAAUCCGAAAAAAUUAGGAAAUUAUUAAUGACAUUCAUUUUUGCAUAACAAAUUAAAUGUCUUUAAUAGCAGAGAGAUAUCGAAAAGAUAGAGCGUCAGCUAUAUUUGCUGAUAAUGUAUUUCAAUUCAAUUUAGAUGAUAGUCAAAAAUUAGAAGAUGAUACCCAAGUUGAAUAUAAAGAUACCAUUAAGCAAUUAGAAAUUCAUUAUCAAAGAUUUAAAAAAUUGGUGCUCAAUGACCAAAGUGUUAUAACUGGCUUGUUUCCUGAAUAUGGUGGCACUGAUAAUUCAAAUGAAGACCAUAUUUCUUCCAUAAAAAUUAGUAAAGUAAGGGAUAGCAUAUAUUGUGCUAUGGCUUCAUGGGCUCUAUGUCAAGCAUAUAAGAGAGUCGAUGAUAAUAAUGGAAGAAUUCAUGAACUAGCCCAAUCUGCCGUUAAAUGUAUGAGAGGUAUUCUAUGCAGCUGGAUGAAUCAAUCUGAUAAAUUAGAACGUUUCAAAUAUGAUCAAAGCCUUAGUAACGCUCUUCAUUCUCAAUUUGACUUGGAAACGGGGAUGGCGAACGAACUUACCGAGAAUUAUGAGAAUUUACAGAUUGAUGCAGUAUCAUUGUACCUCAUCACACUCGUCCAGAUGAUAUCGUCGGGACUUCAGAUUAUUUACACUCGAGACGAGGUAAAUUUUAUUCAAAAUUUGGUGUUUUACGUGGAAAGGGCUUACAGGACCCCCGAUUUUGGAAUGUGGGAAAGAGGAACCAAAUACAACAACGGUGUUUGCGAAUUACAUGCUAGUUCCAUAGGUAUGGCUAAGGCAGCGCUAGAAUUAAUAAACGGGUUCAACGUUUAUGGUCGAAUGGGUAACUACUGGUCCGUCAUUUACGUUGACAUAGAUGGUCAUAAUCGUAACCGAACUAUUUUGGAAACCCUCUUGCCCAGGGAAUCGAAUUCUAAAAACACUGACUGUUCCCUUAUUCCAACCUUGGGUUUUCCGUGUUUCGCUCUGCACGAUGAAGUCCUCAUAUCAAAAUCCUUGGAGCGACUCAAGAACAAGUUGGAAGGCAAAUACGGGUUUAAACGGUUUAUUAGAGACGGUUAUGGCACCGAAAUCGAAGCCAAUUACUUUUUCCCUAUUUCGAAUGCCCAACUAAACGACGAGAAUCAGGAAAAUCAAUCGAAUGCUACCUUAAGUACCUUGUCGACAAAUUUAACUUAUUUAUCUUGUAAUCUAUCUAAUUUACCUUCCAAAACAUCUCCUAUCGGUAAAAAGAAACUGUACUACGAAAAGGGUCAAAUUAAAGAGUUCGAUGGGGUUGAAAGUGAAUGGCCGCUAUUUUAUAUAUUCAUGAUAAUUAACGGAGUAUUUAAAAAAAACGGGGCCGAUGUUCAGCAUUAUAUGAAACUACUCGAACCUUUACUCAAGCAAACUGAAGAUGACAUAAUAGUUCCCAAAUAUUACUACGUUCCUAUCCCUCUAAUGCAAAUGGAAAGGAAAUAUCCAGGUACUCAGAUAAGGUACUCGAGUCCCGAAUACAAGUUAGGCAGACACUUUUUGUGGGGACAAUCGCUUUAUCUUAUAUCCAAUUUGUUAGUCGAAGGACAUUUGCACAUAACGGAACUCGAUCCGAUGAGAAAAUUUUUACCCGGUUCUGAACGGCCCAGAAGUUCCUCACGUUAUUCAUUUUUUCAAGGAAACUCUUCCGAUCUGGUCGUCCAAAUAAUACCCAUUUCCGAAAGUACAAGAUUACAAUCCUUUUUGAGCAUGUACGGAAUCAAAACGCAGACCCCUCACCAAGUAGAACCUGUACAAAUAUGGCCUCCGAGCGAAUUACUAAAAGCCUACAGUUUUUUGGGAUCAAAUACUAAAUUAGGAUUGACUGGCCGUCCUCCUCGCCCUAUAGGAGCAUUAGGAACUAGUAAAUUUUAUAGAGUGUGUAACACGACGAUAAUUUGUCAUCCUUUAUUGUUGGAAGUGCGUGAUUUCUACCUCUCUUACGAUAUUUCCUUGCUCUUAAACGAUAUUAGGAACGAAAUAAUGUUACUUGGUAAAUGUUGGAAACUUUCCGGAAGGCCUACAUAUUUAUUUCUUAUACGGGAAUCAAAUAUCAAGAGCCAUAGAUUUAGCGAAGUUUUAGACCUCUUGGCUGACAUGAAAAAAGGGGAAAUAGAUGGCAUCAAAGUUAAACUUUGUAGACUACAGAAUUGCAUAUCGACGGGCUGCAUGGAACAUCUCGAUUUUGUGCGUACUUCUUGUGACAUCACAUUUUUCAAACCAUUCGACGACGUAUCUCUCAUAUCGACUGGCUACACCAGCUUUAUGGAACGAUUUCCUUUGCAAACUUCUAUCCCCAAGGAAAAUAUCGACGAAAAUCUUAUAAUGUCAUUAAACACAAUGACGAUACCCGACCUCGUCAAAACUUACAAUAAAAACAUGGGAUUGCAAACGAAAAGUUACGUUCUAUACGAAUUAUGGAAGAGGGAAGGGGAUAAAUUUAUCUUUGAUCAAGAGGCCAUCAGCGAAAAAAUGGAUAACCUUAUACAUCAAGCUGGAAGUUUUAAAUUAUGGGGCGUUGUUAGGUAUUUAUCCGCCAUAAGAGGUAAAAUGGCCGAUUCGCUGGCUCCCUCUUUAACAUCUUUAUUGGUGAGGGGAAAACAGAUGUCCAUUGGGGUUUUUGGACAAGAGGAAGAGAUAAUCGAUAAGCCCAUCAUGCCGAACGUCAUUAAAGAAAUCUUAUACAGAAUGACAAUGCCUUAUGACAUUUAUCAAGCUGUUCUGCAACAGGAAUUACUGCUCUACGUAGCCGGAAUUAUCAAUACUAAACCAUUUCUUUUUCAGGGGAUAUUAACUAUUAGGCUUGGUUGGUUGAUUCACGCGAUUGAAACAGAAAUUCAACAUGAAACGCCACCAUGCUCCGAAAAAAUAAUGUUGCACAAUCUAGCGCCUAGUAUAAUUAAAGAACUAUUAUACGAAGUACUCUCCACCAAUAAAAUUAGUGACGAUCAUUUUUCAGCAUGUCACGAGGAUGGUACCAAAGUUAAACAUGAAAUUCUGACUGAGCCAAGGUUAAUUACUCCAUUUGGGCACGUUCCUGAUUAUAAUAAAUCCACUCCUUCGACAUCGCCAGAUAGGAAAUCUAUUGGUCUUAAUAGAAGUCCCAUGAGAAGGCGAAUUCUUGAGGGUUCUCUCAAUAGGGUUCCUAGCGACUUGUACCAGCGAGUAUGGGAUGUUUUACAAAAGACCCCCAUGGGUAUAACCGUUCAUGGUCGACAUUUACCUCAGCAACCAAUACUUUCUGAAAUGACCAGAACAGAAAGCAAUUUCUCGCUCACCAUUGAAAGGCUAUUAUGUCAAGAUCCUGACCCAGCUCAUAGACAGAUUGUGGUCGAGUUAUUUAUGGUGGCAUCCACUAUCUUGGAGAGGAACCCCGAACUCUCAUUCAGAAACUGUGAACUCAAUGUCGAUAAGAUUAUUUGGGAAGCAUAUACCUAUUUCAAAAAAGAAAGGCUUUUGCAAAAUGUCCCCAGUUCCCAUCAUCUACCAUCUAUAAUAGAAAUCGAUGAUGAAAAAAUUGAUCUUAAACCCAAAAAAGAAGCCACGCUUAAUGAUGACAUGGUGGAUUUCUAUGACACACCUCCUAAUACACCCAAUGGCACCAUGUUGUUUUUAGCCAAGGCUCUUAUAAAUAUCUUGCUAAGCAGUCAAAAUGUGAUGGAGGGUAGGAUAAGUGAAGAGAGAAGUAACUCUAAUGAGUGCAAUGUCAAUUAAACAUCAAAUAAAAAAAUUGCAAAAUAAAUCAAUAGAUAGAAUUGUAAAAGUUAAUUUGAUCAAUAUUUUAAGGAACAAAAAAACUUUAAGGUCAAUGCAAAUUAUCUAAUCUUAAUCAAUUUAUAAAAUAUAUACUAUUAUCUACAAAAUUAAACAUUUAUAGUUUUAAAUUAUUCUGAAAGAUUAUUCAUAUGGCAAAUUAUUAUUUAUAU